UUACAUUUAUAAGGGAUUUCUUGAUCAUUUAUUUAUAAUUUUUGUACCAUAUCUGUUUUUUCACAUUUUUAUUACUUUUUAUUUUUUAAAAUUAAUUUUAACAUUUUUAGUAUCAAUUUUUCAACGACGUUGUUUAACACAUUUUUUAUUUCCUUCUAAAUUCCUCACUUUAUUACUUAUAAAUAUGGUUAUAAUUUGAUAUUAUACUUGGUUAUAAUAUGGAGGAGAAAAAGCGGGCUAGAAUAAGUUCAUUGGAAGACUUGAAGUUAGAGUUUGUCGAGAAACGCCGUAAAAAAUAUUUGCAAGAUUUGGAGUUCUUCUCCACUUUUACCCAAACUGAUGAAAUUACCUUUUCUAACCAUCUACCUACCACUUUCAACGAUCAAUCUGAACCGUUAAAUGAUGAUAUUGUUCAGUUUAAUAAUAUUACUGAGUUAAAUGAUAAUAUAAAGAAGUUAGGUGAGCCUUUAGAAUUGAAUCAAUUAUUGAGGUUAUCUGGUGGAAUCAGUGAAAUAUUGGUAUUUCCUGAGUUUAUAACUUGUUUGGAUAGUUUGAUUAACGAAGAGAUUAAUCAGAUAAGGGGCAGUAUGUUCUUUGUAAGACCGGAGGGUUCAAGGGUGUUGAUACACAUUAACAACCACACAGCCUCAGUACACAAUAAACAAAAUUACGUUAAGCAUGUUUUUAGUACUGAUAUAAAGGGUCCAACGAUCUUAGACUGUGUUAUUCCAACCCCGUUUGUCAGUAAAUUGCCGAAUAUCAUGGACAAAAACGCUGAUAACCCAGAUGUAACGAUUGUAUACUAUGUAAUUGAUAUAUUAAUGCUUAAUGGUCAUAUAUUAACCACUUCAGAUUUGGAAUGUAGAUUAUUCUUCCUAGCCUCAAUAUUGGAUGAAUUGAACACUGAUUCUAAGAUAUUAUUUCAAUUUGUAAAGUAUUCAGAAGUUAAUUUUGAUCAAUUAAACAGCGCAUAUCAAAGUAUAAUAAAUAAGGAAUUCGACUAUGAAACUGAUAGUAUAAUAUUUGUGAAUAAGAAUUCCACUUAUGUAGGAGGUUAUAAUCCCAAUUGGUUAUGUUACAAAGAUUAUAACAUCAAUAAAUAUUGCUUGUGUAACCAAGUAAUUUGUAAAGUAUAUAACAAAUGCGGUAAUCUAUAUACACACGAUAAUGUAUUAAUCGGUAAAUCAAACGAUAAUUUUAAACACAAAAUCCUCAAAAUAUCGAUAGUGGAUGUUGAAGAUUUGAAGAUAACUUAUAAGAUAAUUUCGAAGUCCCAGGGGUACAAAACAACUGACACGCUGAGGAAGAUUUACGUUAAUUUUAUUAACAGAAAGCCUGGAAACGACAACUUCACCAAGUUACUCCAAUCACUUUCAACUUAAUAAUAUUGUACGAUAUAUAUAA